AUGCAUGCUCGUGACUGGUUUAUGGUUUUACUUGCCAUCUUCUUCCCUCCUCUUCCGGUGGCUGUCAAGAGGGGUCUUUCGAUGGACUUAGCUAUCAACAUUUGUCUCUCUAUCCUUGGUUAUUUUCCCGGCUUGAUUCACGCCUGCUACAUCAUCUCAAUGUAUCCAUAUAGUGAGAGUUAUGCUGCUGUUGGAGGUGACGGUCAUAACCAUAGAAGUGACUACGGUUCGGUGACGGUUUAA